AUGUCGGUAGGGAGCCGGGGCCUGAUGGGGCUGGGAGGGCAAGUUGAACAGGAUCUGGCUGGAUACACAGAAACAGCAGCAGUUGGGAGACUAUUUUCUCUCCGCAGGACAGUGUUCGAGUUCCUGAUUGUAGAAUUCUGCGUCACUCUUUCUUCUCUCAUGCUCUUGACCCAGAGGGUCACGUCCCUCUCUCUGGACGUUUGUGAGGGAAAAGUGGAGAUAGCAUCUGGAAUCAUCAGGAGCAGAAGCUCUUUGUCUGAGCAUGUGUGUAUGGCACUGCCCUACUUCAGCUACUUGCUCUUUUUCCCUGCUCUUCUGGGAGGCUCUUUGUGCUCCUUCCAGCAGUUUCAGGCUCGUGUUCAAGGGUCCAGUGGUUUGUAUCCCAGGCACUCUUUCUGGACUCUGAGCUGGAGGGGUCUGCAGAUUCUUGGAUUAGAGUGCCUAAACGUGGCUGUGAGCAGGGUGGUGGGUGCAGGAGUGGGACUGACUGAUUGCCAGCGAUUUGAGUGCAUUUAUGUCAUGUGGACCACAGCUGGGCUCUUCAAGCUCACCUACUACUCCCAGUGGAUCCUGGACGACUCCCUCCUCCAUGCAGCAGGCUUUGGGUCUGAGUUUGGUCAGAGGUCUGGAGAGAAGGAAUAUGUCCCUGAUGCAGACAUCUGGACCCUGGAAAGAACCCACAGGAUAUCCGUGUUUGCAAGAAAGUGGAACCAAAGCACAGCUCAAUGGCUCCGACGACUUGUAUUCCAGAACAGCAGGGCUUGGCCAUUGUUUCAGACAUUUGCCUUCUCUGCCUGGUGGCAUGGACUCCAUCCGGGACAGGUGUUUGGUUUCCUUUGUUGGGCUGUGAUGGUGGAAGCUGACUACCUGAUUCACUCCUUUGCCAAUGGGUUUAUUAGAUCCUGGCCGAUGAGGCUGUUCUAUAGAACCCUCACCUGGGCCCACACCCAGUUGAUCAUUGCCUACAUCAUGCUGGCUGUGGAGGUCAGGAGCCUUUCCUCUCUCUGGUUGCUCUGUAAUUCUUACAACAGUGUCUUUCCCAUGGUGUACUGUAUUCUGCUUUUGCUAUUGGUGAAGAGAAAGCACAAAUGUAACUGA